UGCCGGGUCUCUUCACACUGUCUAUCUCUCUCUCUCUCAUGUCUUUCUCUCAUCCAGAAGUCUGGAAACCAAAGAAGUGAGCAGAAGUGAUAUCAACCAGGUCUGCGUCCCCUUCUUAUUGCUCAUAUUCUCUCUCUCUCUCAGGGAGUCAUUGUGCUCGCUCAGACUUGGAUACUGGACAGCGCAGAGCUCACAGGGCGAUGGUACCCGACCAGUCUUGGUUCUGACUGCAGGAGCAGAAGACGACGUGAAGAUCUUUUUUUUGUGAUGGUUUAUUCCAGGAACUGUUUGCUUCACGUGGACAUUUCUCAUGUUGACUACACAUUUUUAAAAACUUCACAGACUUUGAAGCAAAGUCAUCUUCAUUGAAGGGGUGCCUGAAGCGUGGGAACACUUAAAAACGGUGAAGAUGAGGUCAAGGACCAGCGAUAUGGAGGGAUCAGAGAACCGACCGUUUGCUAAAAUCCACACCACGGAGAAAGAGAAAAGCGUGCCGGAGCAGAUGAAGAAGAAAACUAAAGCUGAAAAGGAAAGCAGCGGGGAGAAGGUUGUCGUUUCUGGAACACUGAAAAAGCCGCAGAAACCUCACGAGACGCAGCAGAGAAAAGCCGGACUGAUGGACCUGUCGAAAGAAGAGCUCAUCCGUCUUCUGGGGGUCAUGGAAGGAGAAGUUCAGGCACGUGAGGACGUUAUUCACAUGCUCCAGUCUGAGAGCACACGGCCGGAGGUUCUAGAGGCUCAUUACGGUUCUGCGGUUCCCAUCCAACCGCUGCAGGCCCUGCAGAGAGACAGUCUGAUGACCAGCGGUGACAUGACCAGAGAUGAUGUGUACGACAUCCCCAUGAUGGAGCUGGACCGUUUAGAGGAGAAGCAACGAGAAACGUACAGACGGAUGUUAGAGCAGCUUCUGUUAGCAGAGAAGUGUCACAGACGGACGGUCUCCGAGCUGGAGAGUGAGAAACGCAAACACGUCGACUUCAUGAAUAAAAGCGACGAUUUCACCAACCUGCUGGAGCAGGACAGAGAGCGACUCAAGCGACUGUUGGAGCAGGAGAAAGUGUACCAAGCUCGGAAGGACAAAGAUCACAGAAAACAUCUUGAGAAGGUUCAGGAGGAGCUGGUCAAGCUGAAAUCAUUUGCACUGAUGCUGGUGGAUGAAAGGCAGCUUCACAUUGAGAAGAUUGACGAGCAGACACAGAAGGUCCAGGAGCUCAGCAAAAAUCUGAAUGAAAGGGAGCAACAACUGGAAAUCGUCAACAGCAAAGCUAAAGACGACAGCUUGAAGAUUCAGAGGUUGGAGCUUGACUUAGAACAAAAGACCUUUAAAGCCACACAGGAACAUGAGGAGAUGACCUCCAGGCUCACCAAGACGGAUUCUGAAAACCGACAGUUGCGUCUGAAGUUGGCCGGCUUGUCACACAAGAUUGAGGAGUUAGAGGAGACCAAUCGUAUGUUGCAGAAAUCCGAAGAAGAUCUGCAAGACUUGCGGGACAAAAUAAGCAGAGGGGAGUGUGGAAACUCAAGCCUUAUGGCCGAGCUGGAGAACCUUCGGAAGAGAGUGCUGGAGAUGGAGGGAAAGGACGAGGAGAUCACGAAAACAGAGGCGCAGUGCAAGGAGCUGAAGAGGAAGCUUCAGGAUGAGGAGAACCACAGCCGUGAACUGAAACUAGAGGUGGAGAAACUGCAGAAGAGGAUGAUGGACCUGGAGAAACUGGAGGGAGCUUUUAACGUGAGCAAAUCUGAAUGUGCUCAACUUCACACAAACCUGGACAGAGAAAGAACCUUGACCAAGAACUUCGCCUGCGAACUAGAGACGGUAAAAAACCACAUCAAAGAACUCGAGAGUUCCGAAUCGAGGGUGGAAAAGGCCGAGAAGAGUUUGAAAGAUGACUUGGCGAAACUGAAAUCAUUCACUGUGAUUCUGAUGGACGAGAGGAAGAACAUGGCCGAGCGAAUUAAACAGGAGGAGAAGAAAAGCGAAGAGCUGAGCAAAAUGUUCAAGGCAGAGCAAUGCAAGGUCACGGACGUCACUGAAAAGCUGAUCGAGGAAAGUAAAAAGCUUCUUAAAUUGAAGUCCGAGAUAGAGACAAAAGUGUCCACGCUUGCAAAAGAAAAAGAGGACAUGAAGUCUCAACUCGUAAGUGGAGAAGAGAAAAUGAAAGAGCUGAAUGCAAAGGUAUGUCAGAUGCAAAGUAAACUAGAUGAGCAAGAGGAGACCAAGUGGGAAUCUUCCAGAAACAAGGCUGGAUAUUCUGAUGAGGACAACAAGGUUAAGGAGCUCACGCAGGAGAUCGAGAGACUCAAGAACCGUCUGAAACAGCUCGAGGUUGUAGAGGGUGAUUUGUUGAAGACGGAGGACGAGUACGACAUGCUUGAGAAGAAGUUUAGAACCGAGCAAGACAAAGCCAAUGCCCUGUCCCUGCUCCUGGAAGAGAUGAAGACCCAGAUCACCAAGAACAAAGCCAUAGAGAAAGGAGAACUGGUGAGCCAAGAAGCUGAGCUCAGACUACGCUGCAAAAUGGAGGAGGCCAGAACGAGAGAUCUUCGAGCCGAUGUCCAAGCUCUGAAGGAGAAGAUUCAUGAGCUCAUGAACAAGGAGGACCAACUAUCCCAGCUUCAGGUGGAGUACGCUGUUCUCCAAAAGCAGUUGAUUGAAGAGGAGGAGAAAAAGAAAAACAUGAGUCAAGAGGUCCUAAUACUAACCAAAGAGCUGGAAGCUACAAAGCGUUACAGUCGUGCUCUUAGACCCAGCAUGAAUGGAAGAAGAAUGGUGGACGUUCCUCUCACUUCCACUGCGGUACAGACUGACGGCUAUAUGGGUGAACACGCCGAGGAUGAGACUCCGGCCGUGUUCAUUCAGAAGUCUGUUCAAGAGGAAAAUCACAUCAUGAGCAACUUAAGACAGAAAGGUCUCAAGAAGCCGACGGUGUUGCAGCGUUACCCGCCGGCAGCCGCAGAGAUGGCCAUGAGGAAAUCCUGGAACCCUUGGAUGAAAAAGAAAGAAGCAGUAACGAUCACCCAAGAGCUCAUAUCAAAUAAAACAAGCCAACAGGUCAACGGAACAACAUCACUAUCUCCAGAACUAACCAUGUCUCAGAAAACAGGUCGGCCACUCCAUAUUAAGGUGACUCCGGAUCAUCAGAACAGCACGGCCACGUUGGAGAUCACCAGCCCACGAGCUGAAGACUUCUUUGCCAGCACUACUAUCAUCCCAACUCUUGGUCUCCAGAAGCCACGGAUAACUAUCGUUCCUUCCUCCAUGCUGACAAAGUCCAAAGCCAACGACGUAGCGAGUGGUCUAGAGCGGACAAAGUCUCCGGUUACCAUCACAACCAUCUCUAGAGCCAAAUCUCCUGAAAAAGGUAAAGUUGAGCAUCCCACCUCUCCUCUGUCCAUCAUCACUGUUAGCGCGAUGCCGGUCUCCCAGGCCUCUAUCUCCUCGGAACCCCUGGAUAUGACCAUGGGCAGGGCUGUGUUCAAGUUGACCCCUGAAAAGCAGACCGUGCCAACGCCCGUCCGCAAAUACAACUCCAAUAUAAUCACUACAGAAGAUAACAAGAUCCAUAUCCACCUGGGCUCACCUGGGUUUAAGAAACCUCAGGAUGAUAGAAGUGGCACAGUUAUCCUUUGGCCCAAUGGUGUAAGUUCAGACAGCAAGGACACGGGGACGGUUCUGCGCUCUCCGCGACAGCCGACCGCUCACGUGGGGAGCACGGGGGCACAGGGCAAGGUGACCAGCAGCAUCACGAUCACUCCAAUCACCUCUGCACCUUCACGAUCGACUCAGUCUGUACAUGGGACGAAUGUGCAGUCACCUCGCUCCGCGGCAACAAGAAUCCCCGUGUCAAAAGGUAUGAAAACAGGGAAAGCGGUUAUAGGCCUGUCCACGACAUCACGCUCUGAGAGCCAAUCUAUGAAAAUUGAACUGAGGAAAUCUGCGGUUUGCAGCUCUGUAACCGCAGGAGGAGGAAAGAGUUGAGAUUGACUCAUGCUAAUGUACCACUGGAAUCUUAUAAAACACAUCCAUUCAAUCAUUCACGCUGAGCCUGCCACUUCUUAAUUCAAUCACAUGAUUCCUAUUGUAAAUAUUACGUGUCAUAUCAAUCUUUAUGUACAGGUAUUUACGUUCGGAUCUCACAUGAACGUGUUGCAUCUCUGCACGUUUGUUUUCCUGCUCAUUAUCUCUAACCUUUGAUCUUGUUUUCUUUGUGUUAUAUUUAUUUUUUUCCAUUUACAAUUUCACUAAUGUUUUAUUUUGAAAAGCUGUUUGUGGAGGUUUCCAAAUGGCUGAAAAUGUAAUUGUGUGAUCCCACUAAAUAAAUCUUUUUCUGUCUUCAGAAUACACAGAUAUCUUGUUAUUUGGGCUUUUUGGGGUCGCCAACACAUGCAUCACAAGCACACACGUCAUCAUCUUAUCAAAGGCAUUGAAUAUUGAUCAGGAAACCUCCAUGACAUGUGAAUAACAUUUAGAGCAUGUGCCAACGAUCAUUCACAGACCAGAGGUAUUUUACAUUAGAGAACACAAAAGAAGAUAUUUUGAGAAAUGUCUCUGUGGUUUUGUUUUCAUGUAAUGGACGUCAGUGGGAUUCAGUUUGGCUUGGUAAUCAACGUUCUUUAAAAGAUCUUCUUUUGUGUUCUGCAGAAGAAAGUCAUACAGGUUUGAAAUCACACGAGGGUGAGCAAAUGAUGACAGGAUUCUUGUUUUUGGUUGGACUGUCCCUUUAAAUGAUAUCAACAGAAACGCUAUUCAUUUCCUUACAAUUUAGAAACAGGUUUUCGUCUGUCUAGUUUUUCAUAGCUAGUGCAUUACUAUAAAACAUUUGUCUUUGUUUAAAUGUGGUAACCUUUCAACUCAAACCAGAAACAUUCCUUUAAUGAAAAAGGUUUUGAAAUGUUGCUUUGCAAAGGAGCCAUCAGGAGAAAUGUAUGUCUGUCAGUGUGAGUAAACAAAUGAUAGAAUGAUCAUUUUGGGGGGUGUAAUGUUCAUCUUAAACUCAACCGAUUUGAGGAUCAAUCAGUCGAGAUCAAUGCGUCUCCUGAGAUAGAAAUGAAAAAUGCAAACUUUCAAACCUGUGUGACAUUCUCGAGCUGCUUUUGAAUUCGUAUGAAUGAAAGCUUUUAGAAACGUGUUAAAAAGCAACUGGAGUCUUCACAUGUGUUCACAGUUUUCCAAAAGUCAAUGACGUGACGUGGCUAAGAAUUUGGCACAUGAAUUUUACAUUAGACUUCUUAAAACUUGUUCAGCAUCUUGGUCAUUCUUAUAUGUUACUGAUGUUCUUGUGUAUCAUCAUCAGCGGCUUUUUCAUUCGAUUAAUUCCGUUUUCACCGCACUGCCAAUAAUGUGACUGUAUUCAUUUGCUAAUCCACCCGUGUACAAUAACACGCUCAUGACAGCCUGCCGAUGACAUCACUCACCAGCGCUACAAUUCUGAGAAAGCGCUCAUAAAACCCUGCUGAUAUUUUCCCCGCUCGUGAUUUUGGCUCCUCCGUUACAUUUACACCGGUCUGAAAAUGAUUCUUUCCAUGAAGUCAGCUGCUGGAGUUUAAGAGCUCAUUGUGUCUCGGUGUGCUCACGU